AGCGCACACGAGAAUUACCGGAGCAGGUCACUCGGCGAGUUGGCGCGGUUUGCGCAUUGCGUUGACGAACAUGGCGACCAUCGCGGACGAGCUGCUAAAUGACUUUGGGGACUCUGGCGACGAAAAUGAGGAGCAGGUGGACGAGCAAGACUUUGGCCUCAACAACGCGCAGGCGACCGUGCCUGAUGCGCAGCAGAAUGGCGGUAUGGCUGUGGACGGCGACGAGGAAGACGACACAGACAUAGCGGGGGGCGAUGCGCCGAGCCAUGUCAAGGUCGACGAUGAAGAGACCGAGGAAGAGACCAAGGCGCGUGUCGAGAAGAUGGAGCUGCAGAACGUUUCCGACGUGAGGAGUGUCGCUGGCUUGAUGAAGCAGCUGGAACCGCUACUCAAGGACAUCGAACACUACAAGAGCCUACCGCCUGGUCAAGAGACUAGGAAUAUUGGCAAUAUCGAGGACAACCCCGAGUACAAGCUGCUCACACAGUCGAAUACACUGUCAACCCAGAUCGAUGGAGAGAUCAUCCUGGUGCACAAAUUCAUUCGCGACCACUACUCAAUACGGUUUCCUGAGCUGGAAACUUUGAUUCAGAACCCUCUCGACUAUGCAAAGGCAGUUGCGAUCAUCGGGAAUGGACCCAUGGAGGAUAUCCGAGCGAUCAGCGAGAAUAAAGAGAAUAUCGUAGGGCAGUCGCUCAAGCAAGUUCUGGACGGACCUUCUCUUAUGGUUGUGACAGUCGAAGCGACUAAUACGGCCGGGACACCGCUGUCUGACGAGGAGCUUGCAACCGUGCGCAGAGCUUGUCAAAUGGUUUUGAGGCUGGACAGCGCAAAGCGAACCCUGACGGACUACGUCCAAUCCCGAAUGUCUAUGUUCGCGCCGAAUUUGACAGCUUUGAUCGGUUCAUCGACCGCAGCGCAGCUGAUCAACUACACAGGAGGCAUUACAGGGCUUGCAAAGACGCCGUCUUGCAACAUCGCACCGCUCGGGAACAAGAAGAGUGCACGUGGCGUGGGUCUGGCGACUAAUGUAGGUAUCCGGAACCAAGGCAUCCUAUAUCAAAACGACAUUAUCCGAUCAAUCCCGCAAGAUCUCAAGGUACAGGCCAUGAGGAUAUUGUCUGCGAAGAUUGUGCUCGUUGCACGCACGGAUAGCAUUCACGCAUCACCAUCCGGUGAAUUUGGCCUGCAGAUGGCUGAGGAAGUCGAGCGGCGUAUCAACAAGCUCUCUGAGGCGCCCCCAAACAGUGGUGUACGAGCCCUUCCGGCUCCAGACGACAAACCGAGCCGAAAGCGCGGCGGACGAAGAGUGCGCAAAAUGAAGGAGGCGACUGCCAUGACCGACUUGAGAAAGGCGCAGAACAGAAUGGCUUUUGGCAAGGAAGAAGCCGAGGUCGGAUUUGGCGACAGCUCGAAGGGUCUCGGCAUGAUUGGUGCCCAAGACGAUGGUCGUGUGCGUGCUACACAGAUUGAUCAGCGCACCAGAGCCAAGUUGUCGAAAAAGAAUCCUGGCUGGGGCGGUGCAACGCCGGCUGGCUCGAGCGGAACUGCUACCUCGCUUGGUGGGUUCCAAGGCGGGAUUGCUACUCAAGGUGCACUCAGAGCCCAGGGCUUGCGUGUUGCAGGUGUCGGCAGCGGGCUUAAGACGAACGUUGGCGGCCCUGCUGGCACGGCCACCAGUGUGGCGUUCACGCCCGUUCAAGGCAUGGAACUGAUUGACCCUCGAAAGCGUGAAGAAGCCAAUCGGAAGCGCAAGGCUGAUGAGGACAGAUGGUUCAAGAACGGAACUUUCACUCAGGUCGGUGGCUCCAUGCCACCUCCGCCAGUACCAGCAAAGGUAGGUGCUGCUGGCUUCAAGGUUCCGGCUCUGCCCUCCAAAAAAGCAAAGACAUCGGAUUGAACUGCACAAUGAAGCAGACAAGAUACGAAUGACGAAUGCCUUGGACGUCCGAAAUCAUACUAUCUCUGAAAGGAUAGCAUAUUCGAAAGCCACCCACCCCAACCCUGGAGGCACGACAUGCCUCCUCGUAUUGGGGCGAACGGGCUUGUCGAUGCAGGCUUCACUAUGCAGGUUGAGAGAAACCUCCCCCACAGCCAAUUGCCGAGUCUACUUUCGAUAUCACAUCAGCUGGCAGAAACAUACUCUCUGU